UCAGGCAGGCAAAUUAGCUGUGAUUCAUUGUAUUAUCAGAGGAAAGGUUAAAUUCAUGUAAAAAGCUCUCAAUAAAAGGAAAACAAAAUGCCGCAGAUACCAAGGCAUCCACAGGUUAUGAGCACUGUAUCGAAAGAUAUGAUGGUCAAUGAAAAUUAUCCUACUACAUCAUCAAAGACCUCUUGGGUUCAAUCUUUUUGCAUUUCACUACAAGUGCUUGGUAUAAUUGGUGGUGUUGCUGCAAUAGUAUUGCAGAUUUUAAAGCAACAAAAUCAUUCAGGUCUUCAUUUAGUUCAUGAUUCUGAUCAUGUUUCAAGCGAAACAGUGCAGCAUCCAGGUGAAGAGCUCCGGAUUCUUUUGGUUGGAAAAACCGGGGUGGGAAAAAGCGCAACAGGCAACACUAUCUUGUGCAAGAAGUUGUUUAAAUCCGAGAUAUCAUCCGCUUCUGUGACUGCACAGUGUGAAAAAUUUCAUGCAAUUGUGAAUGGGAGAAAAAUAUCUGUCAUCGACUCUCCGGGUUUGUUUGACACCAGCUUGAGUGCAGAUGAGGUGAUUGACAGAAUUAAACUCUGUAUUCCUCUCUCUGCCCCUGGUCCACAUGUGUUCUUAGUUGUGAUUCAGUCAGGCAGAUUCACAGAUGAAGAGGCAGACGCAGUUAAAAUCAUCCAAAACAUUUUUGGUAAAGAGGCCUCCACAUACACCAUGGCCCUGUUCACUCAUGGAGAUCGACUGGAAGGCGAAAACAUUCACACGUUUGUGCGUAAAAAUGCAAAACUGGUCAGUUUCAUCAAAACCUGCAGUGGACGAUACCAUGUGUUUAACAACAGAGAUAAGAAUCCAGAUCAGGUCAUUCAGUUGCUGGACCAGAUUGAUAAAUUGGUGACUGGAAAUGGUGGGCAGCAUUACACCAGUGAGAUGCUUGAGAGGGCAGAGAAAGCAAUUGAGGAAGAGAAACAACGUAUUCUGAAAGAGAGAGAGGAGCAGAGACUCAAGGAGAUAGAAGAAAUGAGGGCAAAAGUUAGAGCUGAGGAGUUUGAAAAAGAACAAAAAAAAAUAAAUGACCGCUAUGAAGAGGAUGCGAGACGAAGUGCUGAGAGAAGCGUACCCAUCAUAAUAAAAGUUAUUCAAUUUUUGGGUCAAGCUCUAAAAAAAUUGUUUGGCCUUUAAAAGACCAUUUUAAAGAACUACAGGCAGAGGGGAAGUAAAGGGGUAGGGCAUAAGGUCCCCAAAAAGGAACCUGGCAGGUCUCCUGGUGCUAUUGACCAAGUGAGCAGUUUCCAUCCUUGACUGUAUAACACUGUUGUAUUUAAUCAAACAACUAAUGUUAGCAAGUAAAUGUGGCUUUUAUGAUUUUGUUAACUUUAGAACAGGUGGUGAAACAAAAAUGUUUUAGUAAAUAUGUAGUAUGUUUUUUUUUUUUUGAGAAAUAACAAGUUAAAUGCAAUGUAAAUUAACAAUUUAAUUCACAUUAUGCAAUUUACACUUAUAGGCUAUAUACAGCAGACCAUCAUUAGAGAUUUUUAUUUAAUGAUGGUCUGUAAAAAAGUCAUACUGGUAAAAUUAAAAUGUGUAUUUAUUCAGUACACAAUGUGAAGAAAUCUAAAAUGAUCAACUAAGAUGAUUAAUGGAAAAAAGUUUCAAUUACUUUUUGAGACAAGCAUGACUUAAGUGCUUGCAGAGAGCACACUAACAAGAGAAACUUAAACCUUCAGGAAUAAAUAUUUUCCAUAAGCAAGAUACAUAUUAAGUCUGACUACUUUUAAAUCAAGAAAUAAGGUGAUGUUGAUAUUUGAUAUUGAUACACUGAAACUGGCAUUACUGUAUUGUUUAUUGGUUGAUUUGAAAAGUUUUGUACAACUAUUGUCUCGUUUUAAACUUACUACCCUGCUCUUGAUUUGAACAUUCAAUUCUUUUUCACCUUUGUUUAUAGUAAUAUUGUGUGUCCAAAGAAUUGCAUUUUGUUAUUUGCAGAAGUCUUU